CAAGCACGAUCAACUCGAAAAAGCAACAGAAGAGGAGCAAAUUACGGAAAAAUCGGAUUCGGAAGUCGAAAAAUAAUGGCAACUCCCUUAGAUUUCAGUAAAAAAACAUUUUUUUUGCUCACAGGAGCGUCAAAAGGAAUUGGAGCAACUAUCGCUAUCGAAUGCGGAAAAAAAUUUCAAAAAGGCUCCCGCAUGGUUUUACUUGCUCGUAGUUCAAGCGGUUUAGAAAAUACAAAGCAAAAAAUCCUUUCAUCGAAUCCAGAUGUGCAAAUUUUGACAUUCCCCAUUGAUUUAUCGGCUCCAACGGAGAAGGAAUUACGUGAUGUGCUCUCAAGUUCGUUAUCAACUGACGCCGCAACGAGUUUCGAACAAGCUUUUGUCGUUCACAACGUUGGAACGACGGGCGAUGUCUCGAAACGCGCUAAAAAUUGCAAUGACGUCAAAGAAUGGCAGGAAAAUUUCACGUGCAACGUUUUUUCCGUCAUUUUGUUAAAUAAUCUCUUUUUGGAGGUUUUUUCCGCGAUUCGACGAUAUGUCGUCAAUAUAACGAGCAAAUGUGGCGUCGAUGCGUUCGAAGGAAUGGCUUUUUAUGGUCCCAAUAAGGCAGCACGAGAAAUGUUUUUCCGCAAUUUGGCAGCUGAGGAACGCGCCGACACGAAUUUGCAAAUUUUGAACUAUGCUCCGGGUCCCGUUGAUACCGACAUGUUGACUUUUGUCGCUGAAAAGACCCUUUCUGAAGGAAUUCGUGAAUGGUACAAAGAAGGAAUGAAAUCAGGAGGCGUUUUAACGACAGAACAAACCACAAAACGCCUUCUUGGCAUCUUGGAAAGCGGCAAAUACGAGUCUGGAGCUCAUAUCGACUACUUUGAUGAGUAAUUUUUUGGGUUUUUUGUUCAACAUUUUCUUUUAUUAUCAUUUUUAAUCAAAUAAAAAAUUAAUAUUCACUA